CGUGAUAUUUUAAUGUUUUUAUAAAUUAUUUAUUAUAGAAAUUAAACUUUUAAAAAGUUUUUAGUUAUCUAGGAACAUUUAGUUGUUUAGUUGGGGAUUUGUUGUGUGGGGGGCUUGUUGAAAGGCGAAUGCCCAGCGAAGAUCUUCAUUUUUCAGGCACUAUGGCGCCAAAUAUCAGUAUCUGCUUUUAUGUAAAUAUAUUAUCGAUUUGGAAUGUUUGGAAAUCAAAAAACGCGCUCACGUUAUACGGUCGUGGGUGUAAUUAAUUGAAUGACAGCCAGGAAUCGUUGGAACGCUAUAGAGUGAGUACUGCUGAGAUCUACUAAUGAGGACAUGUUGGUUAUCCUGUGACAGAUACGCACUUUGCGGAAUAAAAGAAUUUGCAUUUCCUGCAUCCCGGCACAGUUUCGCGUGCACUUUUCUGUGAAAUCACGUGUGUAAUCGGUCGCGCGCGCGAAAAUCUAUUUCUCUAAUAGAUCAAUAAUAAGGUAUUUUAAUGGAGGAUGAUUUCCGUCUGUGUGUGAUUUUUGUGUGUGCGAUGGUGCUGCUAUCUCGAUUGUCAAUGUUGUCGAACAUCAGGAGCAGCAGCGCAGCGUAAUGGCAUUUUCUCCCGUACGAACCCAGUUUUCCUACAAUUUUCGACUCUUGUUCGCGUCAGUGUUUAUUCGAUAAAUAAUAAUUGUAUUGUGAUUUUUAUUAGUCGUGUGCUAAUCAAGUGAAAUUAUAAAGCCCCAGAAAAAAACGUAUACUAUGGCACCCACUCAAUGUUUACAUGUUCUCUGAGGAUGGGAGCAACCUUACACAAUUUUUCCCGUGCUCACGAUUCCUUGACAAUUCAAUCAUGUUCACAUGUUAAAAAUUUAUUCAAUAUUCAUUAUAACGACGAUUCGUGUUAUUGUGUUUAGUCGCGAAUCUCUGUUUUUUAUAACCUCUACCCCUUCCUUUGCCACUUAAGACACACACACGACCAGCAAAGUGCAAUUUGUCUUCGGAUCACUUCCAGGAUCACAUUUUCACCGGCUACUUAUCAUCCUCUGCAUGGACUCAGAUGACGCACGCACGUGAAUUUCAUCCAAUGGUGAUUCUUCUACCCUAUGGGUUCCGAAGGAUUUUUGUGUUCCAGAUAAUAAAUAUCUAGACAGCUAUGUAGAUGCGCACGGCUCUUUUGCAUGUGCCGCAUACCAUUAGCUCAAUUGGUAUAGUAGAAUGGCACAACGAGGUAAGAGAAUUAAUAGAAACGAUAAUGACUCGGCUUCUGGCCCGGGUGCGGUUAAGAGAAGAAAAUGCAGAUUGGGUCCAGCAGUUGUGGGCGCAACGCUAUCGGCAAGCGCCCUUGGCCCAUCCGAAGAAGAAGAAACGAUGGCAUCGUCCAGUCAAGGGGGAGCAUCCUGGACCCCCCGACCUCUCAGUGAUAUUAAAAUAUCAAGUAUAUAUAAUCGUUCAGCAGCUGAGGCACCAGCGGAAUUAUUUCGCAAGGAUUUGAUAAGUGCGAUGAAAUUACCCGACAGUGAACCAUUAAGUUCAAAUGAAUAUUGGGUUAUAACUGAUCAAUGGAAACAAGAAUGGGAAAGAGGUGUACAGGUACCCGUUAAUCCAGAUUCACUUCCUGAACCCGUGGUCACUGUUAAUCAAACCUCUGUUUCUUCAUCUACAAACAAAUCCAUUGGCGAAUUUAAAUUGCCAAAAAAGUUUAUAAGAAUAUCUCGGGAUGAUUAUUUCAGUACCGAGGAACAUCAUUUGAGUAACACACCUGCACGAGCGGAAAAAGCUUGUGCUUAUGAUCUCGAUGAUAUUGAUAUUGCUUGGCUCGAUGUUUUAAAUGGAGAAAGAGCACUGGCUGGUCAACCUCCAGUUACUGAAGCACAACUCGAGAGAGUAAUAGAGGAACUUGAAAUUCGAUGUUGGGAGAGGAUACAAACGAUAGUCAAAAAUGAAGAAGGUCUUGGCAUUGAAUUUGAUGAGAAUGUCAUUUGCGAUGUUUGUAGAUCGCCCGAUUCCGAGGAGGGAAAUGAAAUGGUUUUUUGCGAUUUUUGUAAUAUUUGCGUACAUCAGGCAUGUUAUGGAAUCACUUCAAUUCCUGAUGGUUCCUGGUUAUGCAGAACAUGUUCCUUGGGACAACGUCCCGAAUGUGUUUUAUGUCCAAACAAGGGCGGUGCAAUGAAAUGUACGCGAACUGGCCAAAAAUGGGCUCACGUUUCCUGUGCACUUUGGAUUCCAGAAGUUAGCAUUGGCUGCGUUGAAAGAAUGGAGCCAAUUACAAAAAUAUCUAGUAUUCCGCCAAGUCGAUGGGGUCUCGUUUGUGUAUUGUGUCGCGAACGCGUUGGCGCCUGUAUUCAAUGUAGUAUAAAAACGUGCAAAACUGCGUAUCACGUAACUUGUGCUUUUAAGCAUGGUCUUGAAAUGAAAGCCAUCAUCGAAGACGAAAUGGCAGAUGAUGGUGUCAAAUUAAGAUCGUACUGUCAAAAACACAGCAGAACGAAUACGAAAGACAAAGUUGGCGUCGGAGGAGGAGGUGGUGGUGGUGGUGGAGGAGGCGGUGGCGGAGGCGUUGGAAACAGUAGCACAAAGGGCAAUUCCGAUUCUGAAGAUGGUGAAUCCAGGAAACGAAAACGCAAGGACAUGACAUCUGAAGAGAAAAAUCAAGCCCGCGCGGCCAAACUACAAGAAAUUGAAGCCGAAUUCGAUAAGCAUGUUAGUUUAAAAGAUGUGACAUCGCAACAAUUGGAUGUGGAUCAAGAUACAGUUAUCUACAUUUACAAUUAUUGGAAAUUAAAAAGAAGAGCUGGCAAUAAUAAACCACUAUUGGCAUUACGUUGCGGUGAACUCUCGGGUGCGGGUACACGAGCUCAAGGUCAAGCUGCAGACAUAGAAAAAAUGAAAACAUUUGUACAGCUGCGACAAGAUCUUGAACGUGUGAGAAAUUUAUGUUACAUGGUUAGUAGACGUGAAAAAUUAUGGCGAUCAAUGUUAAAAUUACGUGAACAAACUUUCCAUAAACAAAAAACAAUAAUGGAAGGUCCAACAUUACCACCAACGACAGUUGAUGCAGUUUUAUCAGCAAAUCACGGUCCUUCCAUUUAUGAUCGUCUUUAUUCACAUUCAGAUGUUGAAAAUUAUCCACGAAAUAUUGAAUCACUUUUAUUAAGGAUAUCGGGUGGUGAAUCACCACCUACGCCUACAUCAAGUGAAGAAAAGAAACCACAGCCCGAUUUUAAUGGUGCAUCAAAUAAGAAACUUUAUUUUAAUGGCACUGUGAGAAGACCAAAUAUUUACAGUGAUAUGUCAUCGAUGAGCAGUAGUGAAACUGACAUAAAACCAUCAAUAAAAUCACCAUCAAAAUCACCAGGAAAAUCACCGGCAAAAUCAACAACAACAACAUCAACAACACCAACAACAAAAACGACAAAUAAAUCAAAACCAUUGAAAUUGAAACAGGAAACUGACUCGAGUACAGAGGAGGAAGCUGUUGCAUCAACAAAGUCAAAAGCAGUUAGGAGAAAGGUAAAGAAACCCGGUGCUCCUGAUCGACCACGAAAAUCAAUUCGUGAUAAAACAACAACAAGAUCACGUACAUUACAACAUAUGGAACGUGAACUUAACAGUGCAUCAGAAAGUGAUAGUGAUGAAUUGGUUCUUCUUAGUAACACAAAUUCAGCCACGAGACUUGGUCCAACAUCAGCAGCUGCAAUUUAUUCUGAUACUGAUUCAAAUUCACAGGAACCAACUUCGCAUUCCAAUGUUCUCAUUACAAAAGCAGCUGUCAAAGAAUUUUCAGCUGCCGAUCUCUCUAAGAAUUCACAACAAAAAUCAUUAGCUGGCAAAGAAACACGACAAGAACAAGACGAUGAUGGACUGAAAAAUAAAGAGAAUCAAAAGACUGCCAAGAAAAAGGAGUGUUUACCAUCGGCGCUCAUUGUACCACAGCGACAAGCCGCUAAGAAAGCAUCAGAAAUAAUGCAACGUUCACAAAAUAAAAAGGAAACAUUACCCGAAAAUCCUGAGGCAAUAAAAUCACCACCCGAGGAAAAAACACCGAAACAAAUCAAAGAAAAGAAAGAACCCAUUAAAAAACAAAAAGAAAUCAAAACUGGCAAGGAUGUGAAAAACAAUGAUAUUUAUGAUUUUGAUAAAGAAUUUGGUGAUGGUUCUGAGAUACUUGCCUAUGUUCCUCAACGUCAAGCGGCAAAGAAAGCAGCCGAACAUAUCAAAAGUGGAAUGGGAUCAAAAGCACCACAACCCGAGAAUGAAACACCAGAAAUUAAGGCAAAGAAAGAAUCACCUGAAAUUAAGAAAAAGGAAAUCAAAAAAGAUGAAAAGGAAAUUGUUAUUUCUCCAAAGAAAGAGGAAUCACCGAAAAAACCGAAAAAGAUUGUACAAGAAAGUAAAGCGCUCUCGGUACACUCGAGUAAUAGUAACAGCGAGAGUAGCACGAGUAGCAGUUGUAGCAGUUCUUCCGAGAGUAGCAGCGAUUCCGAUGAUGAUUCAUCAAAGGAUCAAGCAGCAUCAACGAGUACAUCGUCUGAAAGUGAUUCUGGCCAACAACAACAACAAAAAGGCAAAUCCCCAGUGAAACGACCAACAAAUAAAUCUCUUGAUUCCUCUGAUGCUGAUAAGAAGGCAGCACAGUUAGUGGGGCGGAAACUCAAAAAGCUGCCCGAUAAGAAGCUUAAAACUUCCGACGGGCGGCGUGGAACCGAGUUUCAGCCGCCGCCUACUGAGAGAGAGGAAUCAAGCAGAGCCACGUUGUUCAAAGAGCAAUUUGCCAAAAAGCAAAACGAACAAAGAGACAUCAUCAAAAAGCCCUUUCUUGUAUCCGAACAGCAACAACAACAACAGCACCACCACCAACAACACGAAGAACAACAUCAGCCUUCUUCAACAUCAUCAUCUAACCAAAGUUUGCACAGUCGGUCUCGAGAUAAUGAUGGGCCAAGAAAUCUAUCUGGGGGCAAAUCUACAAAAAAGCCAACACCACCCAUCAAACAAUCCCAACAAAUCCCAACUCCAAGGAACAAAGAGGAAAGCCCAAGUAGAGACAAAGCCAAAUUUGAAGCACGAAAGCGAAAAUCAAGUGAAAAUACCCAAAAAGAGGAGAAGAAUAUCAAAGAGACGAUUGUGGUCAAGAAACCUGAAAAGAGGUUGAACGAAAAACAUCAAAAGAAACCCGAGGAUGAUAAAGAAAAAUCACGUCUCGAUAAGGAGAAACGUACCGAGAAGGAUAAACCAAUAAAAACCGAUAAGGAGAAAAUAGUAAAAAUCGAUAAGGAAAAGAUUCGUGAAAAGGAAAAAGCCGAUAUUAGAAAAAUUGAUCGCGAUAUCCUCGAAAGAGAAAAGAGUCUUGAGAGGGAGAAAUCAAAAGAGGAGGAAAAAUCCAAGGAGAAUUUGAAAGAGAAAGAAAAAUUGAAGGAAAAAGAAAAGCUGAAAGAAAAAUCCAAGGAAAAGGAAAGAGAAAAAGAAAGAGAGAAGGAAAAAGAAAAGGAAAGAGAAAGAGAAAAAGAGAAGGAAAAGGAAAAAGAAAAAGAAACGGAAAGAGAAAAAGAAAAGGAGAAACAACUCAAGGAAAAAUCUGAUUUAGAAUCACCAAAAUCGACUAAAAUCGAUACAACACAAAUUGACGAUAGAAAAAAGAAAUUCGCCACAAAAAAUGCAAUAAAUAUUCUCGAGGAAGAAAUUAAACAAAGAAAAGCUGAGCGUGAUAGUCCGAAAAAAUCAUCCAAAGGUUUGGAAAAACUUCUUGAAAAACGUGAACAUCUUGAUAUGUUAUCAAGAACAAGGGACAAUACAACAAAACAUAAAACACUUCAAGAAAGUUUAGAUAAACUUCAUGAGAAACAUGAACAACUUGAAGUAAUGUCGAAAAAUAAAGAAGCAGCAAAACAAAAAGAAGAGAAGCAAAAAUCAAAAUUAAUUUCCGAUAAUGAUAAUGAUGAUCGUAAGAAUAAUGUAAGAAAAACAAGUGCAGUGUUUAAUAAAGUACAAGAGGAACAAGAACAAGAACAAAAUAAAUCAGAUGAUUUGGAAAAUAGAUCAAGAGAUGGAAGAAUAUCUGAAGUGAUUAAUAUUCAAGAGAACGAACAUCGUCAAAAAGAAGAUGCAAAAGAAAUACCACCACCUGAAAAUCUCUUUUCAAAAUCACAUGAAAAAUAUAUUGUUAAUGAAAUUAUUGAAAAAGAAACAUUAAAACGAAGAAGAUCAAUACAACGAUCAAUAUUUUCACCACAACAUGGAAGUAAAGAUCCAAGUGUCUCGGAAUUAUUUGAUUUUGAUCAAGAUCUCUUAACUGACGAUAUGGUUAAUGACGAUGGUUUUGGAAUACAUCGUGAUGUUGAAGAACGUUCAGCGCCACUUUCAUUCUCAUUUCCCAAUGAACUCUGGUUUAAAGAAGAUUCCAAAGAGGACAGUGCUCGCGAAACAUUACAUCUUGUUGAGAAAUUACGUAUGGAACUUAAUAAAAAAUCAAAUACCAAUCAAUCGGAAGUUGAACCACCAUCGUCGGCUGAUGAUAAUCUCAAAAAAGAAGAAAGUACAAAGAAUCAUCAUCAUCACCAUCAUCAUGAAUCAGUGAAAGAGACAAAAAUACCCGAAGAAACAUACGAAAUAAAAACAAAUGAUAUCAGUCAAAGAAGUGAAGAUCUCAGUUAUAAGAAUCAUAAUUUUGAAAAUAAACAAAAAUGCUAUACAAAUGCCGAGCAAACUUAUGAUCCAUAUAGCAAUGAAACAAUGGAAAGUGGAAAGGUGACUGUAGCUGAACGAUCAAAAUUAGACAGAGCCGAGGCAGAUGAACGAUGGGUACCACCAAGUAUGGAAGGUUUCAAUCCCAAUGAUGUUCAACAUAUGAACGCAUUAAUGGAAAGUCAAAAUCAUCGUUACCAAUUUCAAAAUGAUAUUGCCGCAGUAAUGUCUGAAACAAAUGCCGAAGCAUUAGUUCAUUCACAAUUAAAUAUGAAUAUUCAGGAACAAUAUCAACUUCUCCAGCAAACACAAGCUUUGGUUAGAAGUCAACAACAUUUGGAAUCACACAAUGAUUCACGUAUGCCAAUGAUGGAGCAACCAAUAAAUCAAAUUGUCGACGACAUAACACCAAUGGAAAUGGUCAAUAGGCAUUUAAUAAAUCUCCCCAAUGUUGGUGAUCAAGGAAACGAAAUGGAUCACAGUCUCGAGAAAGAGGAUCUCGAUCCUAGGCAAGAUUACACACAAAAUGGUUCACCCUAUAAUGACAUCACUGUCACAAGACAGGACACACGAUGGGCUGAGAGUCAAGUGUUACCCUCACGAAGGUCGACAUCUUCCUCAAUAACUUCCGCAUCGUCGGCCGAGGAACAUUCCUCAAUUCCACCGUACAAAAAUGUACCACCAAUGUCAUUCCCACCAUGUAACAUUGACGCUGGACCCUAUCAUUCUUAUUCCGAGUCUGGAACAUCGUAUCCCGGUGCUGUAUCAUUAUUCCCACCGCAAACAUGCCAAGGACCAAUUCCAUAUCCAUCACCAGGUGAGUUUUGCUUCUCAGGAAUGUUUCCUCCACCGUUUGGAGCGCCAUUUCCAACUGCUCCAGCAUUACUUCCACAUGUACCAAAACCAUUGGAAGACUCGCUUAAUCUUCAGGCAUCACCAUGUACGGCAGCAUUUACAUCAUCGUCGCACAAUAUGGCAUUAACUGCAGCAAUGGUAUCACCAACGAAAAUAUCAACACCACCACCACCUUCACAUCCCCUUCAAGUGCCAACAUCUGAACUCGAACCACAAGUUAAUUCGCCAGCGAUGCCAAUUUCCUUCCUCAAUAACGUAUCCGAAUCUCGUGUACCAAACGUUCACGUUCACGAUACUCACAUCACCGAAUCUCAUCCACAAGAACCCCUUGUACCCGAAUCACAAAUUCCCGAACAAAUAUCCGAACCACAAUUACCCGAAUCGAAUCGUAUACCUGAGGGUGAAAUUCCCGAAUUGGAAUCAAAACUCGGCAAAAAAUCACCAUCAAAACCAACGAGAACAUCAGCUCGUGUCACAUCGUUGCAAGCAAAAUCACCUGGUAAAUCACCAAGGCAGGAAAUUAAACCACAACCAAGUUCACGAAAUCGUGGUCGCAGUGGGAAAAAUAAUCAAAAUAGUUAUCGAGGUCGUGGACGAGGACGUGGUAGAGGACGCGGUAGAAAUAAUCACACCACUCUGGCCGCAUUGUCCCAUCAUCAUAGUGACGAUGGAAUACAAAACAAACUCGUUGGCACUGUUUACGAUUUCGAUUCCGAUGAGGAUUCAACAAACGAAACAAAUAUCGCCGAUCUACGUACAAUGAGAGAAAGAAAAAAAUCCACCGAAGUUAGCGAAAAACGUGAUUCAAUCAGCGAUGGCAUACAAUCACGCCUCUCGAGUCCAAAUGUUAAAAAUGAUAAAGUACUCACACCACCGCAUAGCGAUUCAACAAUUCAAGAAACUGAAAACACGGGACAAACAUUUACAAACGCUGUUUUACCCGUUAUGCCCGGUCCCGUUGAUAUGCGAACAUAUUCAACAUUCGAUGGUCAAAGUUCAUCGUCAUCAAUUCAUGUACAAUCAUACACAAAUCAUUUACUUGGUUCAUUUCACGCUGCCGAUCAUUCAUCAAUUGCCGAUAUUGAGGAUCUUGACAAGAGUCUUAAUUCAUCAAUGAUACAGGAACAAAUAACAAAUGAAUUUAGCAUAAAAUCAAAUAUUAAUAAUCCAAUUGUUAUUACAUCGCCAAACGCUGGCGAUAAUGUUAAUAAAGUUUCAUUGACCGAUUCACGUAAUCAAUUGAAAGUGAAAAUAAAAGGACCAUUCUUGGAUGCUAAUUAUGUGCCAACUGCAACUGUACCACCAUUGGCACAACAAGCACCGGUUAUUAUUCCACCAACAUCAACAAGUGCGUCCGUUGCUUCUGGUACGUCAAAUUUGAGACGAAUGCGGAAAAAAGAACUUCUCAGGCAAUAUUGCUCGCAGGAUAUGAAUAUGGACGAUCAGAGAAAUGUGACAUCAGCACCAAUAGCAGUACCACCGGUGAGUCGUACCGGCAUUACAAUUCCAAAAGCCGUGACAUCAAUGACGAGUAUACCAACAAGAGAGGAUUACAAAGCGGUUGUCGAUGCGAAUAUGGAGAAGAAACGUCGAAAAGAACGUAGUGGUUUUCUUGAUCCACCAAUUGACGAUGAGGAAAGACGUCGUAGUUUUAUGGUAUCUGGGGGUGCAGUUGAUCGUCGUCGUGGCCGACAAACACGUCCAUCAACAGCAUUCAAUAGUGGACCACCAAAAUUAAAAAUAAAAAUCGGCAACAGCAUAAUUGGUCCCGAUCCAACAAAUUUACAACAAGACGACAAUCGAAUUCGUCCUCCAAAGAAACGUCUCAGUAACAUUCCCAGUAAACCAAGUAUGGAGGAUUUAAAACGUGAAAGCAUGAAAUAUCGACGUUUAGUGAUGGCCGAUUUUCACAGUGAAGAACAGCCAAAGGUGAAAAGUAAAAAGGACAAAAAUGGCAAACGAAAGAAACGACAAAAUAAAAAAGAUUGUCGCGUUCAAUUGCUUGAGGAUAGUGGUGUUGCGCCGCCAAAACUUAUUAUUCGUCUUGGUAAAAGUAAUAAAACAAUAAACGAUGAACAAGAAACAAAAACUGAAGAAAGUAGUUGCAAUGAUAAUACAAGAGUUGAACCACCACCAACGUCAUCGCAAUCAGCUGAACCAAACAAAGAAGAGACAAUUUAUCCCCCUGAUAUUGAAAUUAAUGAAAAACAACCCACAGAUCCAGAUGCUGGUUCAACUACAAUAGGUAAUGUACGUUCAGCAAAAGUGACACCCAUUAGAUUAAAAUUGACACGAUGUCAAGAGGGCUACGAAUUAAAAUCGCCCGCGGCGAGCAGUGCCAAUAAAGAAACAAAAGACGAUCAUCACAAGGAACCUGGUACAUCAUUGGAUAUCACCGAAUCAAAAUCGGAGAUAAUGGAGAAAUCUUCCAAAGAGGAUAUCCCUCUAUUAACGGAAAAUGUCACUCACAAUACUUCAGGCUGUCCACCUGCACCGCUCCCGCAAGGAUGCCAAGUUAGGUGAUAAUUAAUGAUACUUGUAUAAAUAUAGUAAUUAACGGUUCUUAUUAGGAAAUAUUAUUAUUAUUAUCAUAAUAAAUAUAUAUAUAUUUAUAUAUAUAUGUGUAUAAAUAUAUACAUAUAUUAUAAUAGAGACGUAUAUAAUUAUACAUAUAUAUGUGUAUCUCUUUGUACGUGGAUAAUCCACCUACAACCGUGUAAUAUAAUUCAGUGUUGAGACAGAGACUCGCUAGAAAAAAAAGGAAACGCAUUAAGUGUGUAAUAUAAAUUAUUAAAAAAAAAAAAAAACUGUAUAUGUAAAUGAUCUGAGGGUGAAGUGAAUUGUCACAAAGUGCCCAAAAAUUCACCGUUAUUCAUUCACGCAUUUCUCUCGUGGUGUAUCGUAUAUUGGUGAAUCGUAAGGUGUCUUUCGUUAACGGUACAAUCCUUCGUCGCAGAUCUUUAGUUUUAAACUGUUCUGUUCUGUUCCGUUGUUUUUUUUCUUUUUUUUUUUGUCUAUUACUGGUGGUACUUUGCAUUGGUUUUUCUUUAAUAAUGGCACUUUUUACAGUAAACAAUUUCCCCAUUUUUUAAAGCGGUUCAAUUAAUCUCAAAAUACAAUUCUAAAUCAUAAAUUGCAAAAAAAAAAAUACAAAAUUCUUUGUAGCAUGCAAUAAUUAAUAUUAAUUUAAUAAUAAUUAAUUUUCAAUUAGGAUAUAAGGAUUAUUUGUAACACAGUUGAAAAUUGAUAAAAAAAAUUUUAAAAAGUAGUUUUUUAUUAAGUCCAGCAGAAAAUUAAUUUUUUUUUUUUUUGAAUAAUUUCACUUAAAUAGAAUUGUAAAAAAUAAAUUUUAAAUCUAACGAUUUUCAACAUUGUUACAAAAUAUUAAAAUACUUUAUUGAAAUCUUAUUUUCAUUUAUGAACAAUUUUCGAUACUUUUUAUAUUUAAAAAAUUGAUUUUUUAAACUUUUUCUUUUUUAUAGUCAAUUUUUUCGUGUAAUGCAAUUAAAAUGAAAUUGCUUUAGUUUAAAAAGAAAAUUUAUUUAUUGUUAAAUAUAAAAUUGUCCUAUAUUAAAUUUUUAUGUAUAAAUUACAUAUACUGAAAGCUUUUAAUUUUUUUUUUUUUUUUUUAAUUGUGAUUUUUAUUUAUUACGAAUUUGACAACUUAUUGUUUUUUUUUAUAUUAAUUUAUCAGUCGGUUUUUUUAAAUAUUUAUUUUACAUCUAAAAUGUAAAUUUUAAUUAUUUUUUUUCUAAAUCAAAAAAAAAUUGUUAAAUUGUAUAAAUACUCAAUAUAUAGUAGAAUAAAACUAAAAAAAAAAAUUUCGUUGAUAAAAAAAUAUUGAAAAUAUAUUUAAAGAAAGCAAAAAAGGCAUUUUAUAAAUAAAUUUUUUUCCUACAUGAAAAUGAUUUCAAAUAGCUAAUUGAAAAAUAAAAACUUUUUAGAAUUGAAUAUCUUUUUUACAAAAAAAAAAAAAAAAACAAUUAUGCAAAGUCUACCGAAAUAUUAUUUUAUUUCUACAUUUUUACAAAACUUUUUCAAAUAAAAAAAAAAAGUAUCCACGCCGAAAGGUAUUAUAUGUCAAUUCCAGUGCAAAGAACUCGUUUAUAUAACUAUUAAGAGGAAAAAAAAAAAAGAAAAUAAUAAUCAUUUAUAGAAAUCCAUUAUUGUGUACUGUACAGAAUACUCUUCGAAUAACUAGUACAAUUUUUGAUAAACUCAUGAAAAUAUAAAAAAAUAAAAAACUGCGACAAGUGAAGAGUUAACGUUUGAAAGCUGCUCAAGUUGCGAUGGAUACCUUAGCAGGCGCCAUAUAGACUUGAAAUUAAUCUGUACAAAAAGGAAAAGAAAUAAUAAUUAAAAAAAAAGAAUCAAGUUAGAAAAUAAGCGAUUUUAAAACGCUAAACCUAACAAAAAAAAAUAACUAAUGAAUAUAUUUCUAAAGAUUAUUAAUAAUCGAAAGAUAUUGUCAAGAAAAGAAUCGGAAAGAGAAUUUUAAUCAAUUUUUGGCUAUUAUUUUUCUCUCUGAUUUUUUCCAAAAAAAAAAAACAAAAAAUAAAUAACACGAUUUCAGCCCUGUUUUUUUAAUAAUUGAAAAAGUUUAAGGGAGAAAUAAUGAAAGAAAAAAAAAUUUGCAAUAUUAAGGACUGAAUUGGUUUAAGACGUUAAAUACUUUAUCGAUCUAAUGAGUAUUAUAAUUAUUAUUAGUAUACGAAAUCGGGGCUGAAAUCGAAAAAAGUUCCCGGUUGUAGGAUUGAGAAGGAAAUUUUGUAUAUAAGUGUUUUUUUUUGACAAAAAUAUUUUUUUCAACGAUAAAUCAUACGUCCACUCAUUGCGACAAUUCUGUCGAGUCAUUAAAUUAAGUUUGACAUUUUAUAUCUUUUUUUUUUAACAUAAAGUUGCAGCUAUUGUUUAGAAAUGUUUGAUCCAUUGAUGAAUUUUCAAUUAUGGGAAGAAAACAAUUUUUUUUUUUUAAAGUAAAGAAAUAUUACUUUCAAAUAAAAUUUUUACACAAAUCCAAUGGAUUAAACAUUUUUAAUUUAUUAGAGAAGAUAUAGAUUUUAUUAUAAAUAUUAGUUACGUAAUGUCACUUUUUUUUUUUUUUAAAGAAAAAAAAACAAAAGAAUUUCCUUCGCGACCUCUUGCUCUCGAUUUUCUGAGUAGGCAUUGUAUAUUUAUUUAUGAUACGAGAUAUUAUUUAUUGUGAGAAGAUAAAAUUUUUUAUUGAUUGCUUCGAAAAAGGAAAAGGUGGAGAGAUUAUGAAAAUAAUAGAGAAAAAAAAACGCGAAAGGCUUGUAAUCGACAAAAUAUUGAUUACAAAAUUUUUUAAUACUCAAAAAAAAAAAAAAAAAAGGUUUGUGCCAUUUUGUACCAGUGUUAUUGUGAAUUACGGGUCAGGGGACAAAAAAAAAAACCUUUCUUUUUCGCGGUGACCAAUAUUUCGGAAAAAAAUUUUUUUAUAAUCAAUUAGCGUGAGACAAAAAGUCAUGAAGUUUAUAUACACACAAUUCUCGGAAUGAUACUUUGCAAGAUAAAAAAAAAAAAUGAGAUGUUGCUCAGGUCGUUUAGUCUCUAAAAAUAAUAAUUAUAAUAAAUAUUAAUAAAUAAUAAAUAUUAAUAAUAAUAUUAAUAAUAAUAAAUAUAAUAGUAAUAAUAAUAAUUAUAAUAAUAAUAAUAUAGAGUGUAAUAUACGCAGUGCGAUUGCGAUUUUUUUUCCCAAAUUAAAAAAAAAAAAGAAAAAGGGGGAACAACGUCGAAUCAAAAGUUUCCAGGUCCCGAAUUGUAGUGCCUAGACAUUCAAUGAAAGUUAAAUUAUACUCUAAAAAAAAAGAAAAAAAAAUUGGGAAAACCUAAUUCUGAUUCGGCUAUUUAAGGUAGUUUACCUGUUACAAUCUCUGACAAAUGUUUAGAACAAUUUUUGAGAAAAUAUUAAUUUUCCAUUUGUACACUCUUUUUUUUUUUUUUUUUUUGUUUUAAAUUGUUUUCCAAAAAUUUUUUUAGUAUUUAUUUUUGUAUUAUAAUUAUUUUAAUAUUUUAGAAUUUUUUUUGAAAUAAAAUUAAAUCAUUUGUAAUUAAAAUUAUUUUUCUAUAUAAUUUAAUUUUUUUGUGAGAUAUUGUCACAGUUGAAUUGUCUUAAUUUAUUGUUUCUUCGACGUUUUUAAAAAAAAGAAACGAUAAGAAGGAGCAUCUAUUUAUUAUUGUAAAACUUCAUCACCUUAUGUCUCACGGAUAAAAAAAAAAAAAAAAUUUUUUUUUGGUCUCGAGCGAAAUAAGUUGAAAAAAAAGAACUAUAGGUUGAAUAUGUUGUAUAUAAUCUUAAUUUGUUGAAUAUUUCUUCGCUAGGCGAAUUUGUAAUUUGAUGUACGAAGUUUAUAAUUAUGUAAAGGCUGUGUAACCAUAUACGGUCUUAUCUUCCACGCACUUUUUUGUUACACUCGAAAUAAUUAUUGUUAAACCAAGCAAUUUUUUGAAAGGUAAACGAUACUUCUUCCACUGAGCUUAUUUUUCUAAAUAGAAUUCUUUUUUUUUGUUUUUUUGUUAGCGAAAUCAAUUUUCAUCCCAUCCAAUAACUUCAUUUCGCCAAAGGGUUUUUUUUUAAACUGAGUGUAAAAUAGAUUUCUUAUAAUUUACUGCUGUAAAAAAAAGAGAAUAUUUCUAUAGUUGAAACGUAUAUUAUAUUAUAAUUUGAUUAAUCGCAUAUUGUGGCUGUGCACAGUCUUUAAAAUAAUUUGUUCUUUUUUUUAAUUUUUAAAUAUGAAAAUGUCUUUUUUUUAUGUAUAUGUAUACUAAUUUUAAGAAACGUGGAAAAUGUUUUUUUUUUGUAAUAUUAUUUGUGAAAUAUUUAUCUGUCUUUUUCUGUAAUGUGUGUUUGUAAAUAAUUUGAAAAAAGUUAUACUUUUUUUUUUUAGGAACUUUUUUUUGUAUUUUAAAGACUGUUCAGCAUGCUUGAAUAUUCUUCCAUAUAUAUGUAAAAUAAGCAGAGUUUACAAAUGUUAUUUCAAAACUAAUGGAACUUUUAUUAUUUUUUUUUUUUUUUUAUAUUUCUUAGGGACACUUACACAGCUCUUGAGGGGAAAAAAAAAUCCUCACUUUCUCUCUCUCUCUCUACAUAUAUCUUUCUCUUUUCUUCGUAUAAGACAACAAAUUAUUUUUGUUUAUAACUUGACGAAUGUUUAUUUUAUUUUUUUAUUAAAAAAAAGAAACUUGUGUAUAAAGAAAAAGUCAAGAAACCAUGUAAAUUUGGUGUCAAACACGAACAAGUUGGUAGCUAAUGUCACUGUUUUUUUUUUUUUCCAUGAUCUUUACUUUAUAGUUUAAUAAUAAACGGAUUUUAAACAUAAACAAAAAAAAAGAAAAAUGGAAAAACUGCAAUUGAUAAGGAAUUUUCAAAAACCCAUAUUUCAUACCUUACAAUGUACUUGUAUAUUAUUAUAAACUAUUAUUGUCAGUGAUAAGAGGAAAAAAAAAUGUUUUAAGAGCCUAUAUUGUACAGAACUCGAGUAACACAAAUUUGUUUAAUUUUUAAUUGUUUCUUACGAUUAACGAUACCGCUAAUAAAAAAAAAUAACUAUGAAAAUUCAUAGUUAUGAUAAUAAAUUUAAUAUUAUAUAAAUACAUAGUUUUAUUAUAUAAUGCAAAUGAAUAAUAUGAUUUUUAGUUAUUGUAAAUAGUGUACAAGAGCUGGUCUUGUAAGAUAAGGUGUUUUAAUGUGCACAUAGCCGCGUCAUUGUCAAUAAUCAUAUUAUUACGAUUAAUAAUAAUUACAAUUUUUUAGAUCCUGUCUUUCAUUUCUGCUUCCCUUUAUAUCUAAUUAUAAAAAAAAAAAUUAAUUUUUCAAAAGAAAAUAACUAAAAAGAAAAAUAUGAAAGAAAUUUUGGGAUUAGAAUUGGAAAAAAAAGAAGUAAACAAAUUCAGUUACAAUGUUCCUUUGUUAAUAAUUAUAAAUAUAAUUUCUUUAUAGUGUAUAAUACAGAAAAAUGUUUGUUUGAUCGUCGGUGGUCAGGAGAGAUGUAAUAAGUCUUAAUCGAUAUCGAUUAUUAUCCACAAGAAGGAUUUUUCUCCAUCCGUAUUUUUUUUCACGUUUUUCGAAACAAUAAUAACAUUUAAAAUUUACAAAGUCAUUCUUACAAAUAAGCAAUUAUAAAGAAAAGAGAGCAGUUAAGAAAUGAAUUUACAUUUUUUAUAAUUCAAAAUCUUUUAAUAUUAACACACAAAAAAUUUGUUUUUUUCUUGGCGUAGAAAAAUUAUAAUUUUCAACUUUAAUUUUUCUUUUCUAAAUAUAAAUAAUUUAUCACUUGGUAAAAUUAAAUAAUAAAUUAAUUGAAUUUUUUUUUUUUUUUAAUAUAAACUAAAGCUCUCAUUUCUUGUUAAAGCAAUUAUUAAAUCCGUUGAAUUAAUCUCGGAAUUUUACACAACAGAUCCAAUAAAUAAUUUGUUAUUUAAAUAAUAAUAAUAAUAAUUCAAAGAUGCAAGGAAUUGUAAUUUUUUUAGUGUCACAAAUGACACUUGAAGUUUUAGAAAAGUUUUUUUUUGGUAGUGUAAAAGAGAAACAUUAAAAGUUUUUUUUUUAAAAAAUCUUUUUGAAAAGUGUUUUUCUUUAGUAUAUAUAGAAUAUUGUCGACAAAAGCCGCAAUUUUUAUAUUAUAAAAGCAGUACAAUAAAAAAAAAAAAAAAAAAGAAAGUGCAGUGAAAUAGAAAAAAAGCGAUUUAAAAUUCAAAAAAUAAUUUAAUUUUUAUUACCUGUUGUCCAAUUGUUUAAAAAAAAACAUAAAUAUUGUAUAAUUCACAAAUUACGGAGUCGAUAAUCUUUUUUUCGGUCACAGGUUUUUUUUUUUUUUUUUAAUGGUUAAGAGCGGAGUCCUUAAAUGUAUGUUAUAUACAGAAUUUAUCUUCAGUUUCCUCCAAUUUUUUUUUCACAGUCAAUUCUUGACAAAUAUCCAAGUAGAAAGAGAUGUUUGGUACACUACAAGGAAAAACAUCGACCAAUAUAAUAGGAAAAGUUAAAAGUUAGAAAAUAAGUCUCUCUCUUAAAACUGAUAAUUCUUCGAAGGGACAUUUAAUAUUAUUUUCUCGACACUCUAUUAUGUAGGAGAUUUAUUUUCCUUUUUUUUUUGUUUUGUAGAAAGACUGAAUUUUUUUUUUUUUUUUUUUUUUUUUUUUUUUUUUUUU